GCGUUCUGCCACUACGACCUGCCACGGCUCGCGACUGGUCCAACCAUGUCUUCCCUAUCGCAUCUACGCGCGACCAUCCGCUCCAUCCUCAGCCCACAUGGUCCUCAGCAUGGGGAGCAAGAGUUCUUCGAGGAGCUGAUGGCUCAUCAGCAGGACCUGUUGAGAAUGUACGACGUUGGUCCGCGAAGCCAACAAGAACAGCACGAGCUCGAAACAGGCGGCGGCAGACCGCUGUCAGUGAAUGCUAACUUUGUGCGACAGGCUCUCUUCAUCUCACAACAACUGGAUUGCUCCGAGCGCUUUGUCUCUGGUCUGCUCCAAGGUGUGAUAGCAGAGAAUCCCAAUCUCUCUGAAGAACACUGUAUCGAAGCAGCCAUCGUCGCGUUUCACCGACGGCGCCGCGAUCUCGCCGACUGCAUGCGCUACAUCCUCGAAGCUGCCGAGUUAGGAACCAGCGGAGGUGCUGCCCACGAUCUCUACACGAGAAUCAACGUGUUCGUCUGUGAACACCUGCUUCCAAGCAUUGACGCUGCGUCGAUGCCGCCAUUACCAUCGAGGAUAUUCAAUCAAUUGCUCGCCUUGAGCAGCGAGCUUUCAAAUGUCCAGAAAGCAAGGCAAAACGCACGGAGCGAUACAGUGGCACCGUCUGCUCAAGGCACGAGCGGGUCUUUGGGCGUAGAUAUCCUUACGCUACGAUGCGACUCUCUGAAAUAUGAGCGGCGCACGCUCGCAACAGCAUUGUACCAUCUAGGUCGCCUAGGCUAUAUCCCACCAUCCGAACUCCACACGAUUAUCGAGUGGUUGAUGUCGAAUCCUCCACGCCCCAUGACGCAUUAUGUUCUCGCUACCGUGCUUGCUGCAUUCGACCUGCUCGAUCCCGAUACUUUUUUGGGACAAGUGCGACAGGAGCUCAUCAACGACCAGCGAUUCGUGGAAUACAUGUCGAAAAGGCUUGGUCCCGCCACCCAAUGGAAGGAUCCCGGGCUGAAGGCGACCAUCCUGCUGAAGUGGACACUUUUCUUGACUGACUGGCGCCGUCGAGCACCAGAAUUGGAGAAUCAAGAAGGAUUCCGUGCAGAUGAGCUCGAGACUCAAAUAUGGAAUGCCGUCCAGGGUGAUUGCUUCACUUAUCUUCUCCGCUUGGUCGCGCAAAUGCAAAAUAAACAUUCGUCAUACGCAUCUACCUCCUUCGCGGCAAACAUUCUCGCUCAACCGGAGCCAGAUUCUCCAGUAGAACUACCAGCAGGAGACUUUAAGCCGUUUCUCCUUGAAGCCUGCGAGGUUCUACUGCGUUCGCUCAUCACCCAGGCGUCCUCAGAAUUGCGCAAGAUCAAGCAGCGACAAGAGGACCUGCUCCUUGCGGGCACGCGCGGGGACCGCUCGCGACUGUUUCGUUCGACUCAUGGACACCCUGGAUCGCGCCUCUCCGCAAGCCAGGGCCCCGAGCCUGAGCGGCCCAGCGCUCCACCACGCAAUGACACAGCGGUCCUUUUCACCCUAAUCGGUUUACUCUAUUCAUUACUACCUCCGGAAAGGGCCCUCCAUUUCUGGGGUGCCGGCGGAGUCCUCGAGGGGAGGCGGACGACGUACAGCGAGAUCGUAGAGUCAAACUCUGGCAAGCUACCAAUGUUUCUCCAGUGGGCGGUCUGGUCGACCCAGGCACGUGACGUCGACAUGCUAGCGGCACUGUAUGAUAUGCUGGGGGGGCUUGCAAAGGGUCAGCAGUGCAGCGAACUUGCGUACAACUUCCUCGCACGCGGUGGAGGAGACGUCGUUCCCGGAAGUUCUCUGCCUUCGACUUCACACCUUGCUACUGCUCCUGCAGUGUCAUGGAACUCCAUCUUUGGCAUACUGGACUCUUGGUUUGUUGCCAGUGCUGGCACCGGUUCCUAUCCCAACCAACCGGCUCAGUCAGGUGCAGGUGUAUCGCAGCCUGGACCGUAUGGUACACAGUCGAUACAGACACAACAGGCCCCACAGCCGACGCAGCAGCUCACAUUCACUCAGAAGGACGUGCUACUUGCACAGGCCUUCCUUCGUCUACUGUCCACAGUGGCGAAUUAUUCCGUAAUUGUCCGCACCACUAUAGCUGGCCAUGCACGAUUCCGCGCGAUCCAGACGCUUGUUUCGCUGAUUCCACUUGGCAUCCCCUUGGAGCUGAAGGGAUCCAUUUUCGACACGUUGUCUUCAUUCUGCCAACCUGGAGCUGGAGCAGCAGGCAUAGAGAUCUGCAGAUCUGUUUGGCAGCUCAUGGAAAGGUUAGAGGUCAUCAACGUACGGGCCAGUAGCCACAUCGGAGGUCCUCUCGCUGCGAUGAAGGGCGUGGAAGUUGAGUUGGAGGAGGUUGAAGCGGUCUACAAGAUGUACCCUUCAACAAUCCCGUUCCUCAAGCUCCUAAGUACACUCAUACACACUCCAAAGAGCAUUCCAUUGCAAAAACGCUUUGCGGAAAGCGAGGAUAUCAACACAAUCCCGGAAUCACUGGGGCAACCUUACCGGCAGCCUGGAAUCGGUCCCUUCUCGUCGUUCGUCAUCGACGAUGUAUUUUCCAAGAUCAACGCUCGAGAAUAUCUGCGACCUACGGAUCGAUGGCGGAUGAACGACCUUUGCUUGUGCUUCAUUGAGCGCUGCCUAGCGAGUUAUGAUCUGGAGUCUCUAUUAACGAAAGUGGACGAGCUCCAACCGAAGGGCGACGAAGUGGUGCAGCUGGCUAUUCACCCAGGAUAUGAUAUAAUGCAGCGCUUGCUCACACAUUCAUCCCUGCAAAGUAACAUCCUGUCCUACCUACUCGAAGGGUUGGAUGGAUUCGACCGGGGCCUUGCCGAAGAAGAACCAUUUUUCCGAACCACCAUCGUCCGCGUGCUGCGAAUCAUUCACCGUGUUUUUGAGAUUCAGGACAUUUUCCUGGACAUCUUGCUCCCAUCACUCGCGGAUGUACAGAGUCUUGCCGACAUUGGCGAAGUACAUCCCGCAUCCUACUUUGUCAGGUUUGACACAGCUCUUUCGUACACCCCAGAACAUGUACCUGCAGUUGCGGCUUAUGUGGCCUAUCCGCGCUAUCCCGAGUUGAAUCUGCUGAGCGUCAAGAUCUUGACCCUUCUAGCAGCAUCUACGUCUCUUUCCCAGCUUCCGCUAUUGAUUGACAAGAGCGCCGAGUCUGCGCGCAUACUGGAUGGUUAUCAAACAAUCAUGGAUAUGGAUGUGCUGGAAGAUGUCGAAGAGACAGAGCUCAUUGCUGAACAGAACACGGGUGCUGGUGCUCCGGAUGUCGACGAGCCGUCGGGCAUCCUUACGCAAGCAAUCCGUCUAGCAAUGCUGGACCUAUUUAUUCAGCACACUCAUUCCAGCCGACCCUAUCCCAACGUGUCUCAUUUGCUUCUAUUCGGCGGUGCUAUCUCUGAAUUCCAGAUUCAAGACCCACACGCUCUAGGUGCCCGGCGCUCGUGCGUGCACUCGAUAAUUGACUUGCUGAAUGAAGGCGUGCCCAAGCUCAGGAGCAAGGGGCGUGCUCGGAAACAUACAGUCUCUGCUAAUCCAUUAUUUGCAACGCUUCCGUCCUUCGCUGAACGAUGCUACCGCGUUAUCUUCCAACUUUGUCAGCAUCCUCGCACUUCCGAAUCUACUAUGCGUUAUCUCCGUACACGCGAAGACUUCGUCACCCGACAUCUUGCUGUCAUCCCAUUCAUGGCACCGUCCACAGACAUUGGGCAAGAUCCUUUCAUCGAGGUGUUGUAUAACGAUGGAUCGCGCGUCAACACAACCUCUAACGACUUUGCUGCAUUCAUGCGACUACGAUCUUGGAUUCUCGACAUGGUCGCAUUGGAAUUGCAUGUCUUGACUAGUAAGGGGCUUAACAAGAGCAUCGCAGAACUAUUGGAGCUCCUGUUCGGCAGCGAGGAAGACUUUCUGGAGGGAGAUCAAGCAACCUCGACCAAUGAUGCGCUACGACCAUUCCGCGAGGUGGGCCAAUCGCACAUCAGAAUCAUCGAGUUCUUGCAAUCGUUAGAUUUCGACUGGUCUGACAGCUUACAACUCCAGCUCCAGCAUGUGGAGUUACAAUUUCUCGGCAAGCUAAACCUGCUGAGCUGCCUCCGUAGCGAUCCGUCAGGGUGUGAAGUUGUAGACCGAAAUGCAGUACUCUCUCUUCUGGCCGUCGCUCGGCGUAACCUCCAUCAUCAAGGUCGCAUAACCACGUCAGCAGAUGCCCAGCAGCUCAACGCUGAGACUUCGUACAUUGUCGAGAGCUGUGCUGUCGAGAAUCAUCGACGAGGAGUCCGAUUCGCCGCCUCGAAUGGUUUCGAUGCGUGGAGGAGACUGCUCGACAUGUGCCUUCUGAAGUGUUUCGAACGGCUACCUCAUGACCGGCGCGAGACUAUGCUUUUUGACCUACUUCAUGCAAUUCCUACUGUCAUGCGGUCCCCUAACGUCGAAGAGUCCGUCUCCAUUUUACUGGCGGAGGCGAUGGAGUCUACCAUCACAAAGUUACGCCAGGACAGGUAUCAUCAAGUCAUUCUCCAGUCUGCUGGUGGGGAUGUGGAAGCUGGGGCGCUUCCUGCAGAACGGCUUUAUGCUCUUCUUCGCAGCAUCUUAGACUGUAUAAUGGACAACAACCGCCAAGAACUGGUCCGCGGCAAUCUGUACGCAUCUCUCAUCCAUUAUUUGCGCCUGGUGACGUCAGCCGACGCCACUGAGCUUGCCGAGAGUGACCAGCCACUGUCCGCUUCUCUUACUGGUUCUAUCAGUCUAAAUGGGUCUGUUUUAUUGCCUUCUGGUCAGCCCGCUGCCCGUUCCAAGCUCAUGGAAGGUAGUUUGACGACCUUGAGAGGCUUCAUGGAUCGUCUGGUCUCCUCCGUCGCUCGUGAUGCUGUUGAUGGGUCCGAUGUGUGGAAGACUAUCUCGUUCAUAUUGCUUGAUUCCCUUGCGAAGCUAGGCCGUCUGGAGAAACAACCAGCGAUACUUAAAGCACUUGCUCGCCAAGGCUUCCUGGCUGGUUUCGUUCGUGGUAUAAAGGAAUCCGACAAACGGCUGCAGGAUACUCUCGCUCCAGAUCCAUCUGAACUGAAUUCGCUCUUCGUUUACGAGGCCAAGAUGGCGCUGUUCAUCCGCAUGUCGCAAAGCAGACCAGGCGCUGAACGUCUGCUGGAGUCCAGAAUUAUUUCAAUUUUGGCCGAUUGCGACUAUUUAGAUGCCAGGCCAGAGGCUGAUCAAGCGUUCAUGGAUCAAGAUACCUUCCUGCCAUCUGCCACUCAGCGGUACCAUCAGCUUUUCCUCCCGGCGCUUCAGCUCCUCAACGGAAUGUUGAUGACGCUCGGUCAUCAGCAUAUAUCGGCCGGGAAUCAGACAUUGCACUUCAUCUCGAGCCACAGAGACACUCUCAUUCUGCUACUUAAGAAUGAGGUUGAUGAAUUCUCAUUGUCUGUCACGGAGGAGCUGCGUCUCCUUGUUUGCCUAUGCACGGACGUCGUGGAUCAAGUGCCGAAGACAGAGUUGCUAUCCAAUUCCGGCUUCGGGCCCAUCCAUGCCGCAAUAUCAUCACUGGCAGCAAGAUGUCUUGGCAACAGACAUUGGUCUGAGCGCAUCACGCCCCAGACGGCUGACGAGCUGGAGAACGCUGGCACUACUAGACCAGGCUUUGGCAAUGAAAGCCAAUUCCGAGUAGACGUGCAUCAGAAGGAUCGUCUGCUCCGCAGAGCUCUGAUUGCUUACCUGGGAGCGGCCAGCGAUUCCACAGAACCGGAUCUGACGGUGGUGCUGUCCCCUUCGAUCAACAACCCGAGACAAGAAGAACGCUCCGGUCGCUAUAUCGCCGUCGUACCCACACUCAGCGACGCGAUUGAGUUGCUGAAUCUCCUGUGUGAUGAUCUAACAAACUCCUUGAAGCGCAUUGUCGACAUAUCUGCCGAGCUUACCUCGCAGGAUUAUAUCAGGGUCGACAGGAUCGAAGAUAUUCUGCCGAUCUCGAAUGCUGACCUUUUGGACAACCUCGACAUGCGGCAGAAGCAGUCUUUGAUCAGCCGCGAGCUUGGCCUCUGGCGCGUCGAUUCCCACCGUUGGACCAUGACUUUGCUCAGCUCGAUGGAAAUGAUGCUCUUGCUCCUUUGGCGGCACCUUGCAUACUACUGUGAGGGGCAACACCUCGAGACGUCCGAGAAGCACAGUUCGAAACUCUACGCGAUGCGCUUAACAAUUCCUGCCGACGUAGAGGCGUUGACAGCGGAGGCAGCACGGAAGUUGUUGCCUGUAUUAGAGCGGCUACGAGGACUAGACUUGAGCGAAGAGACGCUGGGAAAGGACUGGCAAUCAUAUCGAAGCUACAUUGAGAUCAUGACGCGGCGGAUGAAGGACACAAUUGGUGUCACCGAGGGACCGGAGGUCCUCGCCUCAUAA